AUGGUCGUUCAAGGUGACAUGACUGCCUUGUGGUACAACAAGGAAAGAGACUUUGAAAUCAAAAAGGUCCCCGUUCCGGAAAUCAGCGAUGAUGAGAUCUUGCUCAAGGUUGACAUCUGUGGUGUCUGUGGUACCGAUGCUCACAUUCACGAGGGAGAAUUCAUUGCCAAGUUUCCUCUGAUCCCGGGACACGAAGCCGUGGGACACAUUGUCGACAUGGGCAAGAACGUCAAGGGUUUCUCUCUUGGUGACCGAAUUGUGGCCGAUGUCGGUGAGACCUGCCGAUCAUGUCAUUACUGCAUGCGAGGUGAAGAGUUGUUCUGUGAACACUUUACACCUGCUGGAGUUGCUCGACCUGGUGGAUUUGCCGAUUACAUCAAAUACGAUAAAUCCAAGUGCUUCAAGAUCCACAACUUGACAGACGAGCAAGCUUGUCUCAUUGAGCCCGCUUCUUGUGCCGUUCACGGAAUGGACAAGAUCAAGAUGAAGUUCGGCGCCAAGGUCUUGCUCAUUGGUGCCGGACCUACCGGAUUGAUCCUUGCCCAGUUGAUGAAGCUUGGAGGAGCCAGUCACGUCACCCUCGCUGCUAACAAGGGUAUCAAGAUGGACAUUGCCAAGAAGAUUGACGCUGCCGACGAGUAUAUCGAGUUGGACCGACAAAACGCCGACGCUCAAUGGGCACAACUGAAAAAGGACAACCCAUACGGGUACGACGUCGUCGCUGAAUGCACCGGUGUCGAGAAGAUUGCCAACGACUCGAUCAACUAUGUCUCCCGAGGUGGAACUUUGUUGAUCUACGGUGUCUAUUCUGACAAUGCUUUGGUCCACUGGUCCCCUUCAAAAAUUUUCCUUGACGAAAUCAAGUG